UAUAAGUUGAUUUUGUGAACAACCAUAUCCUAUUUCAGAUUGCGUCAGGUUAUUGGAGAAUUAAAUAUGGAUAGUGCAAAUGUCAUCCCAUCUGCCAAACCACAGAUUUAUCGAUCGUCUGUACCAUGGAAACGUCGAGCAGUUUUUAUUCAUCCUGAAGAUCAGUACCAACGUUGUGUUUUAUCUGCUGAAGAGGAAGAAGCAUUUGAGAGAGAAGAAGCUGCCUUACAAUUCCAACUCUCUCAACUUCGGCGAAUGCUAUCCCAAGUCGCCCGUAAGAGAAGACAUCAUAUUUUGAAACAGAAGGUUUAUAGGAGGGGCUUACCUUUUGAACACCAAGGUUGCUGUUUGCUAUAUUUUGUAGCAAGUCUUACAUAUUAGGCUAUUUUGUAUUGUUCACUCUUUAUUUAUUUCUUUAUCAACUUAUUUGUUUUGGUGUUGUUCAUAGUUUGGGAGCCUCAGUUUAUAUUUCUAUUACAAAAGCAAAGUCGAUUACUUCGACGUAUUCAUCCGCAUAGAAAGAGACGUGGCCGAAGUUUCUUUCCUACAGAAGUCAAUCAAAGUAUGUGGAUUCUAAUGGGCACUGUUAUACAUGACAUGGUUCAUCUAUAUUUUGGAUCAAUUUUUGUACAUUGGAUAUAUGUUUUAGGGUU